CCGUGUCUCGGCGGUGGGUGUAUUUCUUUUAUAUAAUUGCUCGGGCGUUUUUGUCGGGCAGCUCUGUGUGAGUGAGGACCUCACGGUCAGUCCAGCAUGGCUGCGCCCGGCGGGACUCUGAACUGUGAGGACUUUUCAAUGUUCCAGGAAACACUAAAAGUAAUGCGGACUAUAGAUGACCGGAUUGUUCAUGCUCUCAACACGACUGUCCCCACUGCAUCCUUCUCAGGGAAAGUGGAUGCCUCUCAGACCUGCAAAGAGCUUUAUGAGUCUCUUUUAGAGGCCCAUCUCAGUAGAGAUAAGGCAAUAAAGGCCUGCAUUACAGAAACCUCAGCGGUUGUUGGGCAGCUACGCGAGGAGAGGGCAAAAGACCGUGACAACCUGUCCAUCAUUAAACAGCUCAGGAAAGAGCAAACCAAGUUAAAACUCAUGAGUUCUGAGCUGAAUGUUGAAGAAGUUGUAAAAGACCGUACUCUAAAGGUUUUCGUUGAAAGGUGCCGAAUCCACUUUACUCCUCCCAAGAACAAGUGAACUCCUGUUUGUGCUUGUGAGAGCCGUGUAGCGUUGAUAUGGCUGUGGAUCACAGCUGGAUGCAGGCCGGGACUCUGAUGCCCCUCAAACCUGCCUCCUCUCCCGGGUAGCCCACUGUACUGUGAUUCUGCAGUUUCACAUGAAAACUGCUGUCCAUCUCUGUUGUCUUCAAAGAGCUGUUGUACAAAAUGGAUUUUAUAAAGAUUUUUUUUUCCAAUGGCC